ACUGUUAUACAAUUGUCACUGUCAAAAUCCUCCGUCAAAGAAAAAAUCCACUGACAAAUAUUCGUCUGUAAAAACAAAAAUUUAUCAAUAAAUUUUGUAUUCUAUUUAUCUGCUUUUUUUCAAUAAAUUAUGAUUCACUCGGUUCGAAAAUAAGCUAAAAUUAUUCUAAAAUCUGAUCAAGUAACAUCGUCGUUGAAUUAAAUAAAAAAAUGGGCCUGUUUGGGAACACCACAGAUGCGAUUAUUGUUGAAGAAGUUGAAAAUGCAACCAGUGACAAAUUAGUAGAAGAAGACUGGGGAAAAAUUAUGACCAUUUGUGAUAAGGCCGGCAAAUCCAGUGAGGACGCUAAAGCCUGGCUCAAAGCCAUUGUAAAACGUUUGUACAAUUCUGAUCCACAUGUUGGUAUCAAAGCUGUAACUCUAUUAGACGCUUGCGUUAAAAACUCUGGCAAAACAUUCCACAUCGAAGUAGCCUCUAGGGAUUUUGAAAACGAUUUUAAUAGGUUGAUGACCAAAGGGCAUCCACAUGUAGCCAAAAAAUUACGAGAUUCUUUGAAACGUUGGUCGGAAAACGAGUUUAAAUCUGACGGACAAUUGAGCUUGAUACCUUCACUGUAUCACAAACUUAGAGGGAGCUACGAUUUUUCUAGUUCAGAAACACCUGUGAAGAAAAGAACGCCAAAAACUACUGACCCAAAUGUGGUUGAGAGUCAAGAAGAAGAAGAUCAAAUUCUGAAGGCCAUUGAAUUGUCUUUAAAAGAAACUUCUGGUUCUCCAAAAAGUGCUUCAGCGAUAGCAGCUUCAGCUUCGCCAGCUUCUAGCUCACUUUAUCCUUCAGUCAACAAUAUGUCAGCCCUUUCUGCUGCAUCUACAAGUUCUCCAACAGCCAAAGAAGCCCGAAAAGUGCGCGCCCUUUACGAUUUUGAAGCUGCUGAAGAUAAUGAGCUGACUUUUAGUUCUGGAGAAAUAAUUAUGGUCAUAGAUGAUUCUGAUCCAAAUUGGUGGAAAGGCAGUAAUCAAAGAGGUGAAGGUUUAUUUCCAGCCAAUUUUGUAACUGCAGAUUUAUCAGUAGAGCCUGAAAAAUUAUUAUUUGAAAAAUCUAAAAAAAUGGUUCAAUUUAAAGAAGAAAUUAAAGUCCUGGAAAAAGAACCCGAAGAAAUAGAAAUAAAUGAAGACAAAAUUAAUCAGCUGUUGCAUUUACUCCACGAAGCUGAUCCUACCAAUCCUGAAACUGAUACCGAUGAGCUAUUGAGCUUAGAAAGAGAAGUCAACGCUAUGGGGCCUCUGAUUGAUAAUGAACUGGAACGCGUGGACAGAAAACAUGCCCAGCUCACCCAGCUCAGUGCUGAUUUAGUGGAAGCUCUAGGCCUCUAUCACACAUUGAUGAGAGAGCCCCAAAUGCCGCCAAUGAGCAAAGCAGGUUUUGAACCUAUUUAUGGCUAUGCCCCUGCUACAACUGUUUACAACAGCGCUCCCCCACCAGUAAUGCACCAACCUCCUCCAAUGAGCUACCAUCCUCAGAUGCAAGGGCUACCGCAAAACUAUCAGCCACAACCCUAUAUGAAUAUGCCUCAGCAUAUGUUACCUCAGAUGGGUAUGCCACCACAAAUGCAACAAGGGCCACCCAGUAUGGGACAUCUUCCGCAGCCUCAGCAAGGUGGUAGUUUGCCUCCACCAGGUUUUCCACCUUUGAGAGAUGAUGCAGGGAUGAUGAAUCAAUUUCAGCAAUUUAUGCCCAACUUGAAUUCUACACCUCAACCAGCCUUCCAUCCAACCGGCCCAAUAUCUCAAACCAAUCUGCAAAAUGGUUCCACUCAACAUCCGCACUAUGUGACGUCCAGUACACACAUAAUGCGCUAGAGAAGUACCAAAAAGAAAAAGUUCCAGCUAAUUGUGAAUCCACCAGGGAAGGAAUUUGCGGAGUUCUUCUGGCACUUUAUUAUUUUGUGAUUUAUUUAGUUUCUAUUUACUGCGGAUUAUGUGAAAUAUUAUACAUAUUAUUUUAUUAUUGUGUGGGACACAGAAUUGAUUUGAAUGGAAAUGACUGAAGAUUUUGUAUGUCUUGAGGCUAAAAAGAUAUUUGGAAUAUUUACUCUGCAAAAAUGAAAAACUUUAUUUUACUAAAAACAAAAAAAUUAUAUUGGUUAAUAUGUAUAGGAAAUAAAAUAAAUGUAUAUUAAUUUAUCAAUUGUAGCUUUAUCUAUUUUGUUCUGUAUAAAUAUUAUUAUUGAAAUAAAGUUAUUUUAGAUUCUUUAAAAUAAUUUGUGUUCAUCAUUUUUCAUAAAUUCCUUCAGGUUCUGCUUAAUUUUGUCAAUCAUUUCGUCGCUACUGUUAACACCUCCAAUAUCAUGAGUUUGCACUCUAUCAACUGAAAGCGUCUUUGUGAUGGCUUUAUUAAUUAAAUCUGCAUGUCUUGAUUUUCCUAAAUAGUGCAACAUAUCUAUGGAAGCAUUCAGCAUUGCUGAAAGUUAAAUGUCUGGAUCCAGCCUCAAAUAAAGCACAAUUGGGUCCGAAAUUCCUUCCAGACAUCAACCCAGCACCGCCAACCAAUCCACAAGCAAUAUUCGACAAAAUAUUGCCAUACAAAUUCGGAGUAACAACCAUAUCGAACUGAGUGGGAUCUUGGACCAUCUGCAUUGUAGCAUUAUCAACAAUCAUGUCGGUAACUUGGAUUUGAGGGAAAUUUCUGGCAACAUCUUUGACGACUUUCAUAAACAGGCCAUCAGAAAGUUUCAUUAUGUUUGCUUUGUGCACUAUUGUUACUUUUUUACGGUUUUCUUGUAAAGCAAACUCGAAACACCAUUCUGCAAAUCUUGCAGUGUUUUCUGCCGUUAUGAUUUUUAGACUUUCAACUAUACCGGGUUUUGCUGAAUGUUCCAACAUUGCAUAC